UGUUUUUCAAUCAUGUAUGCAGAUGUGCAAAGCAAAGUGUUAAUCUUGAUUUCAACCAGCCAGAACUGAUAUUGUCGGUCAAGAAACAACUCUGUUCCAUUGUGGAAGAAGAUUUUUUAAAGGGUCUCAACUAAAACAGCUUUGGUAAGAUCUGAAAAGCGAUACAUUUUGCUUUUCUUACUGUUAUCAGGUUUCCCUCGAAUCGCGGUUUUCCUUUUUCUGCUGGGAAAACGCUGAGUUGUAUUUGUUUAGAAUAGCGGUAUUUACACUAAAAGGCCCUUUAAAUCAUUACACAUCGUGCAAGAGACAUUUUUAUGGAGUGUAUCAACCACAGAACUCAUUUUAUCUUCGCAUUUCUGGAGUGUAAAGGAGAGGAUUUGAAUAAUGGUACCUAUGGUCAGUCUCAAGGCAGAACUGAAAUAACUCUAUCGAUAAGUUCUUUCAGUGAAAGUCUGUCCUUGUUUGAAUGUAGUGAUUUCUGGGUAAAGAUUAGUUUUGCCUCGCAUAUUCAUUUCCUUUUUUAUCAUGUUUCGUGACUGUUAUGUUUAAUGCGGACAAGUUUUUGUAACAAUUAUUUUUCUUCUACAUCUAAAUAGCCUCUGACCAACCAAAACAGACCAAUCGUUGUUGAUUUAUUCUAUUCAGAAAAUUUUUCCGCAUAAUCUUUCACGCAAGUCGAAACUAUUGACUAAUUUUGCUUUUAUUUUUGUGGAAAUGGACGAACAACGGGCAACAUCUUUUUUUACAACCGCCAAAAUCUAAUCGUUCAGUAUGAAGCGCGCCACUGAGUGAGUGCUAUUACUGAACCGAAAUCUUCCGUGGUUCGUGUAAUCAUCCCUCAAUAAAAGUUUGGACUAACGAAGGAACAAGUUUCUGUUAAAGCUUACUCAAUAAUAAAGACGACAAUAAGCAAUAAUGAGGCGCCAAACCAUUGUUGCGAUCUUGAAUUGGGAUGACGUCACUUCUGUAUUUUUCGUAUUUUGUAAGAUUUACUGUGCAGUAAAAUGAUUCAUCAGUAAUCAACGUCUCUUCACAAACUGCUCUGGCAAUGAGAUUCUGCAAGGUCAAUUAAAGUUUAAAAAAAGACAGGCUUCCCUUCUCAGAAACUCAUUUGGCAGGUGAUAUUACCGAUUUGAAAAUUGGGAAGGAAUUAUAAAUUAGUUAUGAGUUUUUUGUUCGUUUUUUGGUAAUUUUUUUGUAUGCUCUCUAUGAGAUACUAGGCAACAGUCACCAGGAAAUCACUCGGCUAACGUUGCAUUUUUCAAUACAGGAUCGGUUUUGAAAUAACGUUAUGAAUUCUUUUUACAGACCGACGAUUGCUGCAUGGCGCCCGUCUUGAUGGUGAUAUCCCUCUUGAGCAAUUUAGGUAAUUCUAACAUGAAAAAAUUAAACCAUUCUUAGCCCCUCUAUUGACGCAAAUGAGUGGAAAGCAAUCCAAUAAUACACCAGGCCGCAUAUAUUUUCAAUAUCAACAGGAAGUAAAUUUCUUCUUGCAAAAAAAAUUGAGACAACUCAGAGACAAAUGAUAGCUAGGAUCGAAAAGCUACUCGUGAAAAUCAGUAAGUCGAAUAAUGAACACCAACUGCUAAUAGAUGUGGACACGAUGGAAUUGAAUCCAUCUAGAUAUGAAUGAAAGCGGUUCUCUUCUUAAGCGGUUUUUCCGAUUAGAAAACUUGCAUAACUUAGUGCUAUUUAUGAUGGCCCAUCUUAGUGUAAACUAGAAAAAUUGCUAAAAUACAUCAACUUCAUUCGAUAAACUUCUGUUGCAGGACACUGCACAACAGCGUGGUCUUACAUUUUAACAAAGUAGACUUGUUCUAGGUUUUUGUGACUUUUAUUCGCGGCCAGAGUUAGCAACUCGACGAAACGUUUUCCUGCAAGCGACGCUUAAGUAACCGAAAAUACAAUGCUUCGCAAUUAGCGCGCCGAGAUCGGCUAAAACUGUCGGUUUUGAAAACCACAGAACAAAGAACUUAACAACUUUGUUUGCAGGGUAAAGAGCCUAAUCCGAAAGAUAAGUGAAAGCAAACUUUUAGUGUUUCUAAUUACCAAAUGACUGUAACGAGCGGUUCAAACUGAACUAAUUUCAAACACCAUUGAUGGCGCGCACUGGAAAGUUGCGGUGAACUAUUAUACGUGUUCCGUACUCAUACCAAACACAAAAAUAUAAAAGUUCAUUGAAUUGCGUAAAAAUAGAGUUCGUAAACAACCUAAUGAAAAGUUAUGUUGUUCUUUCACGGAUAGUACUACAUGGUACCACAGUUCUUUCUGGCAGAACAGCGAAGGUUGAAUAUUACUACUAGCUAGAGCUAAAUUUGUCCGAAACAAAUUGCAGGACAUGGGGUUUGUUGUUGAGGGGGACCACCAGACUGUCACAAGCUAAAAUAUCUUGUAACUGAAAAUUCGAAACAACUUGAGAAAGGAGCCUGAGGGAUUAGCUAGAACAAAAGGUAUUGUCUCGAUAACAGCGUAAUUGCAAUUAGGCUCGGCCGGGUAUCGGAGGCCCACGUCAAGUCAACAUGAGGAUAGUUUUUAGCACAUUCAAGUUCCGCGAGCAACUUUUCCCGGAUGUACAUGUACAGUUUUAUGGGUUCAAGGUUUAAUUGUGAGUUGCUUAGUGACGGUCCGGAGGUCACGUUUAAAUACGGUGGUAUGAGUACAGAUCACGUUUUGGUGGGUGAUAUAAAAAAUAAUUGAACAUGUCGAAAACGUAAGAUUAAAAUACUUGUUGAAAUACUACAAACGCUGAACCAGGAAAGCAUCACUCAAAACUAAGAAAAAAACGUUAUACAAUAGCAAUUAUGGGUUAACAAUUAUACUCUAGGGAUCUCAUUUAUAACGGUAUUUUAAUCUGUGUGAAUAGAUACGCAUUUCAGAAAAGAGAGCCUAGAUCUGAAACAUGAUUUUACGAAAGCCUCUGUACCGCACUUAGGAGAGGAGCUUGUCUAGUUCUGCAACUCAGAAUCAGUAAAAGUGUCUAAUGAGUUUUUCUGGGCGCAUAUAAACAGGGAAUCUGGAUGCUUUGUCUUGGCGAGCGGAUUAUUCUCUCGGUAAGAAGCGAUUGAAAUAGUUUUUAUUCAUAUGGUCCCAAGUCAUUUUUCACUGAGCUGUAACUGACUGACGGUGAGGAAGAUUUGUAAAGGGUAACGUUUGCCGCGUACGUAGGGUAGGGUCAAUGUUGUUGUUGUUGUUGUUGUUUUUUUGUUUUUCUCGUAUUCUCUCUCUUAAAAAAUUCUCCCACUCUUGAGAUAUUCUUUCCGCCGGAACCAAUUGAUUCCAGUCUACUUUACCGACAUGUGAUUCAUAACAUGAAGGGGCACAAACUCUACUUUAAACAUUCGAGGUAAAUUCAUUUGCGAACACAUUUUUCUCUUUUUAAAUAAUGCGGUUUGAUUAUUUUGAAUCAAAGAAUGUCCAUCCAGUUGUCUGUGCUCGAAGACGUCACCAGACCUCGCCCUCGUGAAAACCGAUUGCUCAAGGAAUACUUUCUGGGUUGUUCCCAUGGGUGUGUCAAAAGACAGUACUGAUGUGUGAGUAGCAGAAAACCGCAAUGUUUCUAAAGGAGUAGUUUAAAUGAUAAAUGCACUUGAUCUGAAAUCAAAACCACGGUUGAAACAGAAUAAUUGACCGGAGACAUUACACAACAGGCUUCAGGGUAUGACUUAAUUACUCGAAGAAAUGAACACGAUAAUAUUUACUAAGGUUUCUACACUGAACCUGGCAUCAAAAUAUUCAUUUUUCUCAAAAAUCUCAAAAAUGCUUUAUUUGAUUACAUUUCAGGGAUUUUUCAGACAACAAAAUUGUGAGCAUUACAAGGAAAUUUAUGGCAACCAUUAGAAAAGUAAAAAUCCUGUAAGUACGUUCAAAACUUGUUGUCGUCGGAAAAAUUGAUGAAGGGGAAGUUAAUGUUGAAUGUGUAACCUCAGUCGGGAGAGUCAUUAAUCAUUCGAAAAGAAAAAAGACAUAAGGAGAAAGUUCAGCCGAUGGUCUCUAAGUCUUCCCUGAAUUUCCGUUGCCAUUUAGAUUUUCCAGAAUGUGAAACAACAAGUAUAUUCAUCUCCUGUGGAGUCAUGUCAUUCGGCAGGUUUUUUUUUACAAAUUCAUAGGUGUGAUAAAAUGCGUUAAACAGAGAAGUGAUGAAUACAUUAGUAACGAGUUAUGACUGAAAUCCUUGUACGUCUCCUCGAUACAAAUUAAGUUUGCAGCCUCUCAUAGUCAUUUAUAACCUCAAUGUGAUGCUUUACUAAUAGUGCGUAAAUUACUAGGAAUUUUGCAAGAAACAACAUUGAUUACCUCCUUAAAGGAUCGUUGAGCGAUUUGAUGGAUUUGGAAGUCUUGUAAGUGGAACACCAACCAACACAUUCCAGCAUUGUAAUAUGCAUGUGACUUGAGGCAAGAAGCCGGAGUCAUAGAAAGAGACCUUGUAAUAAGAUCUUUGUAUGAUUAAAAAACGACGAAGAGGCGAGAACUGGCCGAAACAGUAACAAAGAAUGGUCGAGGAUGAGGAAGAUCCACACGAAUUCCAAAUGAAGAACUUCGAAAAAGCUGCUUAUUUUCCUUGAUGGAAAAAAGUGACGCAAUAUUCCUGGGUUAUAUAACUUGAACAAUCCAUUGUUACCGUUGCCACUAACCGUUGAAUAACUUCUGUCCAUAUUUCCUUAUAAGUUGUUUGUUUUGUUUUGUAUGUAUCCCUCCUACCUGUCUUUCUCUCUUUUUAAAUUUCUGAUGUUAGGGAUUUAUCAGGAAACCACAUCAGUUACAUCAUGGAAGGAGUUUUUAAUGGACUUCGUAACCUCUCAACACUGUGAGAAGAAUUGAUAAUUCCCUUUUUAUUUAAUAAAAGCAUUUUUAACGCAACUUAAUUGGUAUUGUUAGCUUCACAUGACAGGCAGUGACUGAGGGAAUAUUGUUUCGUUAGUAUGUUUAACCAGUUAAUCAUUGCCCUUCGCGAAACGGGUCAAUUCUGAAAUUGCUAGGAUGAGUCUCCAGUCAAGUUAUUUCCAUACGUGGUGGACUCACUCCAUAUUUAGAGGCCUUACAGUGGAAAUUGAUUUGAGCUUUAAAUCCCAGGUACCUCGGUGAGAACAGAAUUUCCAACAUCGAAAGUGGUAGUUUCCAAGGAAUGCCAGGACUGAGACACCUGUAAGAAGAGCAGCUGCACCAAUGGAUUCGAUGUAUAACGGUGUAGCCUUUUGUAGUUACAAACAAGGGAAAAGAUUACUUUAAAUAUUAGACCAGUUCAUAAAACCAGGUACUGAGAAAUAUGUCUGAAUGGUGUUGCUGGGCAACGCUCCAAGCUUGUCAUUGAUGCUUUUUUCAAGCCUACAAACCUGCAGGCUAACUGCUAAAUAACUCCGCUCAAAAACUGCCUUUCCUAAAUCCAUUAUAAAUCAACAUCAGUCAGUAAAAAUCUUGUCGUAUCGAGCGGGUAGUAAUCAUGAUAACAUAUCACACCAAGGACAAGGGCAUUAAACCAAAAAAGUGAAUUUUGUAGCAUCCGAAACUUUUGUCUUUUUCUUUUUUUAAGGUGGUUACCCAUAAACAGAAUCUGGGACCUACCUCACAACCUACUUCACGGCCUUGUCAACUUGAGAGUGCUGUCUGUAUCACCUAAUUCGAUCGCUUGCAUUCCUUAAUUAACAGUUUCACAUGUUAUUUAUCCACAUCCUUACUGCAUUUGUUUUCUUUUAUUGUGUUUAGCGGUUUAAACAUGAACAGGCUGACAAAAAUACAUGCUCACCUACUAAAAGAUGCACAGAAUCUGGAAUUUAUGUAAGUGGAUCUUAACUCAAAGUUUUAUGCCGCUGCGACUCCGUGUAUUGCAGAAACAAUUUCAUUUUAUUUCUACCUUGUAUUUGCCUCAGAGAUGACUUUUUAAAACACAUAACCAAACAACAACAAGACUGACUUGUCCUGGUCAAUAUGUAUAUUAUGAUGUUUCAUUGGUUAUUUAACACCAUGUGAUCAUUGUAUUUCCAAAAUGCAAGGUUUCUACAACAUAACGAGAUAACAGAUAUACCUGACAACCUUUUCCAAAAUGCUUUCAGCCUCAAAUAUGUGUAAGUAAAAUUGUUUAUUUUAUUCAAAGCUAAUCAUUGACAAAUGUCCUUUGAAGGACCCACUCUUCAUGAUAUCUAACAGAUAAAUUAUAAUCACACACCUCCUGAUGAUCUAUUUCCUGAUAUGCCAUCAUAGAUUUCUCAACAAUAAUAACCUGACUCUGAUUGGUCCAGGCACCUUCAGGGGAGCAGUAAAUCUGGAAAUAUUGUAAGUGUAACUACAACAACAGUAAAUGUGUCGGCAUAAGGCAUAACAAAACGAAAUUUCAAGAUUUCAAUAACAAAAUGACAUCUGAGAAAUCUUCUAUUUCCUUUUCUUCUCUCUAUCAAGGGCCCUUUCUAACAACCAUAAGCUAGCAGAUUUAGAGUCUAACUCUUUCAACUACGCUGAUUAUGGUAACCUCUCCCUUCUGUAAGUAUUUAAAUCAGGUUGGAUUUUCAUUAGUUUGCCAGUCAGUCAGCCGUUUGCCAUCCAGUCACUCAGUUAGCUGGUUAGUCAUCAGCCAGUCACUCAGUUAGCUGAUCAGUCAUCAGCCAGCUGUAAGUCAGUCAGUAAGUCAAUAGAUCAGCCAGUAGACCAUUCAGUUAUUUGGUCCGCCAGGCAAUCAAUCAGUUAGUUAUUUAUCCAACUGGCAAGUUUUUGAGCCAGGCAGUGAGUAAGCCAGUCAUUUAUUUUUGAAUUAUCUAAACCUUUUAUCCUUAUUCUUUUCCACGAGGCUAAGAAACAAUUACUUCUAAACGUCUCAAAUACCUUUCCAGCGCAUCAUCAGUCAAGUAUUCAGAUAGUCAGUUUGCUUUCAGUUUCCAAGACGUUUGGAGAACAAUUGAGCCGCGCCCCCCCUUAUUAAUACUGUGAUCUAUUUUGCAUGUCGGUGUUUAAUCAAUGUUCCUCUCCACUUUAAAGCUACGUUUUAGAGACAGCUCUUGUUCGAGUUAAAAUGAAAACUUUCAAAAAUCACGAAAAGGUUGAACUGGUGAUGUAAGUAAAAUUGUUUCUCGUCUCAAUCGAUAAGUUGAGCUAAACGUUAUUUGCUCAGAGUUCGCUUCAAGUUUUAGCGAAAGAAAGAAACUUUCGUGUAGAGCUGCUUCGCCUUUGCUUUGACAUUAGGGCAUAAUUGAAGUUUAGAUGAUUCCAUACAUAUAUUUGCAAAUAGUUUCAAGCUGUAUUAAAAGUGUAUCGGUUGCGUUAAUCGCUAUCUGGUGACCAGUUGUGCUCAACUAGGUCUUAACAAUGUACAAAAUGAAUUCAUAUUUAAAAAUAUAUGGAACAGGCUGUAAAAUGACAGUAUAAACCAAGAGUUGAUAAAAAUAAGUACUUUCUUAUAUUUUAAGAAUUUAUUCAACAACAACAGCUCAUGAUGGCUUCUUUCAAUAAAGCUCUCCCACCGAAAAUCUAUACCAGUUUCCAGCCCCAUCAGACGAAAGAUUUCGAGAAGGACUGGAACGCAAUGGAUUCACAUGUAGCCAACAGUUGUGCACUCCUUGCGACUUUGGUACUUAUCAAAAAAGGGCCAGCAACGGCACUUAUGUUUGCGAAAAGUGUCCUCCAGGUAACUUAAGCAGAGCCCAAAAUCUAGAAGUUUAUUAGGAUGUUAGGACAGGAGUAUAACCAAAAAUCGUUUGGGUAUUGUAUAUUUGAUAACCGUUAUCUUCAUUACUACUACGUUAAAACAAGAGAGGAUUAAUCAUUCAGGACGAAUUUUUUAAGUCAAGCUCCGGAAAAUCCCAUGUACAGUAGGAGAAAAUAGAUGCACCAAAGUUUUCCUCGAGAGCGAAAUUGAGACAAGACUGGGUAUCUGUAUGUUCUCUUAUAUGGGAUUUUAUGAUUAAAAAUUAAAAGCUUUCCCUUCGAUCGCGAAAAUUAUUACACUUCUCUUAAAAGAGAAGUGAAUUAAUUAUUCACGAAAAAUCCAGGCGGCGCUCCAAGCUACUUGAGUCGCGAGAGUGAUGGCCAAUCCAACGUGACCAAUCUCUUUGUUGAUUUUCUCUUAGCAAAAACUGCUAUUGUUGCUUAAGAAGACUUUUACAUUUAAAACAGGCGGAUUUUAUCAGAAUGCUGUUGGCCAAUUUGGAACCGUUGCAGGACGUACAGGAUGUCUUCCUUGUCCCAAGGGUACCUAUGUGGGGAUAGAUAAGUUCCCUGGGAAACGUCAGCAAAUGUGCCGCGUUUGUCCUGCCGGUAUGCUUAUUUUCCGAUAACAAAAGAUUUUAAAAGUCUCCCCUUCACCUGCUGGAAAGUGUACUCAUAACUCUUUGCAUGUGAAUCUAAAAGAUCCAGCUCUGAACUGUUAGAGAUCAUAUGUUAACCUAAAGACAACAAGCCAUCUUAAAUACUUUUUAUUAAGGGCGUCUUUCUCGACACUCCCAUAACCUUAACUCUCGUCUCAACAAUUCAACUGCUUCCUUUCCAGAUUUCCUAUGAUCUCCAUGAAUGCAUGCUUAGGUAUGAUUCACCUCAUUUUGUUUUAUUCACCCAUAAGACGCUCAAAAAGUUUUUAUUCCUAGAACAAUUCCCAUUCUUACCGGCCAUUAUCUUGAUAUACUAGGAUCCAAAAGCGAUGAGUGGGCAAGUUAUCGAGGUUGUUUCUGUAUUGACUCGUUCUAUCGAAAAGGCCGGUUCACAAAAUGUGAAGCGUGUCCAACAGAGGUCAGAGGAAUUCUGUGCAACGAGACAAUUUUGGUCAGGGAAGGGUAUUGGUGGAGAUUCAGAGAUUACAAUGAAAGCUGGGAAUAUCAGAGAUUCGUUGACGCCUUGAUGGUGCCCGAUGAACAGUACAAUCACAAAGAUAUCAAUUUCACAGGAGUCUUCCCUAGAGCACACCCUUGUCCCACUGCUUCUUCGUGUUUGGGUUCCCUAAACUCCGUUAGGAAACCGUGCAAGACUGGUUAUGGAGGACCACUGUGCGAGGUAAGAAGCGAACUGAAAAAAGCACAUUGUAAAUGAUCAUGUACUGUCAAAAUGACGCACAUGAUCAACUUCAUGUGCGUUACGUUGUCAUGUGAUUGAUAACUUCAUAUUUCAUGCCCAAAUAUUAGUUUAUCGUCAAUACCUUUAAUUGGAAACCCUGGGUCUUAUUUGUAGUUUGAACACUUUGCUAUGGAUGUUCUUACUUUGGAGACUCUGCUAAAAGUGAAUAUAGGUUCAAGAGCGACAUUGCCUCAUCGAUCUUUUGCUUCUUGUUUCAGGUGUGCAGCAUAGGCUACUAUAAAUCUAUGACUAGAUGCACGGAAUGUCCGAGUCUUCCAUGGCUUUUAAUACAAAUGGUGGCCAUCACAUUCGUCAUUAUCAUCCUUAUCUUUAUUCUUGCCCGUGACGAGAGAGGCGCCAAAAUCAAGGGACGUACACUUUCCGAUAUCGUGCUGGCCCGUUUAAAGAUCGUCAUAGGCUUCUAUCAGGUAGUUCAAACAACUGAUACACAUCAUGUUUUGGUUUGCCAUUCCUGAAAAGGCAAGGGAGAUAGAAGUCGACAAAUGAUUCUUGGCAAUUUUAGUGGGAAAGAAUCAGAAAUGGAAUCGAGAAAUAACCGUUAGAAGUAAUUUACAUGAACAGUUUAAAAAGCUAAAUAUCAAAAUUUUUUUCUUGAGAAUAAUGGAGAAACGUGGGAAUCAGAAAGUCACAAUCUGAGUCUGAAUUUUAAUGGGUUGUAAGAUUUUCCAAACUUAGUUUGGCAUGUUAAAAUCAGCUUAGAAAAUCGUAUUUUGUCAAUCUGUUGUGGGUUUUGGCGCUCAAAAAAGGUAUCCUUUUACCUAUUUAUUUAGGUCACAGCUGGUACUUUAGAUGCCUUCUCGUACGUUCAAUGGCCUGAAGCUCUGCUACAGCUUAGCAACUAUAUCAAGUUCGUCCAGUUUAACGUGGUCCAAAUUGCUCCUUUCCAUUGUUUCAAAGAAAGCUUGAAGAUGAAUGCGUACGUUGGUCUGUUGUUAAUUGUGACGUUGAAUGGAGGGAUCGUUGUAUCAGCGUUUGUGUAUUUUCAGAGCAGGAAACUAUUUUUCCGGUAACACUUCUAUUUUUCUGUUUGAUACGUGCAUUCUAAACUCUGAUCUACGCCGUGUAUACAUAGUGUAAAACAUUAUAUUAUUUUAUUGUUACUAUUACAUUGAUUAUCAUUAUGUUUCAAGUAUCAAAAUUUCUCUAUCUUGAGUGCUUCUGUCCAGUUAGAGGUCACAAUUGGCAACAAAAUCAGAGCUGUGAGAUGCAAAUGAAUUUAUGCAAUUGAGUUGUUAUCAACUAAGGGGUUCACUCCAUACUUUUCUGUGUUAACUUAGACUCAAGAAGAAUAUGUCUUUGGAGGAAAAGGAGGUGGAGAUUUCGCUGAGCAAGGAACACUGCUACCGUACCUCCUUUCUGGUUAUGUUCAUUACAUACCCGGAAGUUUGUUCAGGAAUCCUGCGUAUGCUUCCUCCCGCCUGUCAACGAAUCUGCCAGGUAUAAAACAUCAGGACAAUGUCAACAUAACCCACGUUCCUAUCGGUUAAUCAGAAUUAAAUUUCUACGCACUAAGCAUGGACAAUCCCGAACAGUUAAGGUGCUAAUUAUAUGGUCAUCGCAAUCGUUCAGCGGUUUGCACAAAUCGCAUGGUGUAGCUGUUUUUGAUGAAUCCUCUCUCUUUGUGCAGACUGUUUUAUGUAGUAAUUUCUCAGUAUUUUGUUCAAAGAUUCAUCACCAAUUUUUUUAAAACCUGUUCUCUUGAAUCAGUAAAUUUUAUCAGCAAUUGCCAAUUGAGUUGCUAAGAUAGGGUAAUCAAGGAACGUGCGCAUCGCCAUUUUUUAACUCACAUGCAUUAUACAUGUUCCUAUAUAAACAGAUACCAACCUGCUUGGCAUGGUUCAGAAAGCAAAGGUCAAAUUUUCAAUCAAUCAGAAGCCAAACAAAAAGACCACUGGCUUUUCUGUUUUUGUUUUUAGCACUGCCCUGAAUAGCUGUUUUAACUUCUAUGGUUUUGGCUUCACGGCCCUCAAUUGAAAGGGGUUGUUCUUUUCGUCGAUAUAGCCACAUUGCUGGUUAGUUAAGACUUCUGUGUGAUUCAUAGCUCCCUACACUAAAAAAAGAUUUUGUAAGAUACAUCUGGUAAAUCCAUUUUAUUUGUACUUUUAGGAUGUGGCAAUGAAAGACUGCACUUACUACCUUAGAAUGGAUUACAGUUUAAAGUGUUUCGACAAGUCCUACAAUAAGUACGUGACUGCUGCCUACGUUGGAGCCACAUACCCUCUGCUUUUCCCUCUGUUCAUUGUAGUCAUUCUGUACUUGCUUUAUUAUCGACCCCAAGUCAAAAACUGCGCCCAAAGUACCGAAACAAAGCGGUAUGAAAUCAUAGAAGGUAUGCGUUUCAUCUAUGAAAACUACGACAAGCGUUGCUGGUACUGGGAAUUGGUGGAGAUGGUGAGGAAGUUGAUUCUUACUUCCGGUCUGGCCCUGAUUGGCACCGAGGGACGAACCUAUAUUGGAAUGGCAGCAAUGGCGUCAGGAUUCUACGCUGUAGCGUAUGCUCAGGCUCAGCCAAUACCCGACAAGUAUGAACAUCUGCUGCAACUGGUGUCUCUUGUAGCCUCUUUCUUCAAUCUAAGUGUUGGCGUCUUGUUAAGGAUUCCAUCUGAAAUACUGAACUAUUCUAUCGAAAAGGACAAAGAUUCAAUUGGUGUCACUGUAUUGCUAGUGACGGCUAAUUUGAUGGUCAUAGGAUUGGUCGCCGGUAAGCUAUUUAUUAUUUUAUAGACUGCUCUGCGUUGUGGUCAUGAGUGGUCUGCGAGUGGAGUCAUCUUUUAAUAGAAGACGUAGAUCGAAAUAGGGACUUCCCUCUUUUAUCUUUUUCUGACAGUUACGGUAAGGGUGGAUAGCAAUAGCUCCGCCUAUGCGAUAAUUUAUGAUAACAUAACAGUCUUAUGAUAAUGCAUGUCAGCAAUCAAUCAUGCUUAAAACCUCUUAAUUUAACACACGAACGCUUCAUAAAAUACGUUGAACUAACUGUGGGAUCUUAUCUCUGAUUCUACCACUUGAGUUAGGUAUAGCUACUCCCUCUAGAUAUAUAGGGUGCAAACUCAUCGCCAGUAUUUUGUCAGAAAACCCUGAUGAUGUAUCUUACGUACCCAUUUUUAUUCCUAAAUAGAAGAAGUCAGUGAGCGUAUGGUGCCGAUGAACACAACUCAGUGAGCCGACUUAUCUAGAACUAACGAAUUAUCAAGAACCCACUGCUCCCAUUAACUUUUUGCUUAGUUUGGGGUUAAAAAAUGGGGCAUUUUUGUUGUAUUAUCAUGAUCGCAGAUAAAAUGACAUCUUAAAUAAUCCUAAGGGGGGCCGGCCACGAUUAAAGGAGCACUUAAUUCUUUUAUUUACUGUAUUUUCAGUUCGAUAUAUCAUAUCUCUGGGCAAGAGUCUGUAUGGUGUAUAUAAGAACCCACAAUGCAACUGGGAGUGCUGUUUGAGUGUGGUUCUAUCAGCACGAAGUGAAAAUACAGAUGAGGAGGACAUUGAUGAUGCUGGACACAAGCGUGUGGUAAGACAACUUUAAGCAAUGUAGUGAUUACAUCCAGUUGAAGAGAUGGGAGUAGUUAGAUUUGCAGUGAUAAAACAAUUUCCUGCUCGACUAGCAUUCGGCUUGUUUAUUUCGAUUACUUUUCAACGGCACGCCAUGAAGAUAUACCUUUUCCAUGAAAAUUUAUUUAUACCGAGUUUCAAUUUCGAACGUCGGAAAGUAACACGAGCCAUUUUGAUUUGAAAAGCAGGAUUUUACUUCUAUAUUAGGAGCUCACAAUGGAAAGCGCUACAAGUAACAUAGAAUUGCAGAGGGAUGGCCUUGAAAACUCUAAUGGAGGAGGCAACAGCGAUCAAGCCACACAGAACGAUCGGUGUUCCCUUCUCUCUCUGGAGGACGAUGACGAUGAAAUAGAGUUGUCAUGCGUGAGCCAAGGUUUCAGAGAGAUCGAGAGCCUGGGUACAACUGGACCUGUUUCCCAACGCAGAGAGGUCCGAAUGGCAAGCUCAAAAGGUGACUCGAAAAUCCCUGGAGUGCGGUUCAACAGGCGUCAUAAGGAGAUUCCCAGUGAUCACCCCACAGCUGAAUCAAACAAAGUAUUGGACUCUAAAGCGGUUACAGAAGUAAACAAAAGCGACUCACUGUCGCUUAAGAUGACUGAUUCGGACUCGGAUAGCGCGAAAAUACACGAAGAGAAGGCAAGGGACGAAACUAUGAAUUGAAUCCGCAAGAACGCUGUAGACGCUAAAGAACCCUUGGAUUUAUCAUUCUAGAUAAGUGUUGAUUCUGGAAUGCAUGAUAUUCAACACUUGACCUUAGAAAUCAGUCUUUGAAUGCCUUAGAAGAGGCAAAAAGCUAGUUUUAAGAACUCUCAAUUCUAAUAAUAGGUAAGGAGAUAAUGCGGAAAUUUAGUUGUUUUGAGCCUUGUUUCAUUUUAUUUGCUCGUGUUACUUAAGGAUCAACCUGUAUUUGUUAUGUAAGUUUCUAAUGUAGCAAUUCAGAAAACUGGUUGAUGAACUAACUUUCUUAUUAAUUCCCAUUUAUGUCGUUAUCAAAGAUUUCUGACUAAUUUUCUGCAUUGAAACCUUGAAAAAACUUCAGAAUAAACCAUAACAAAGUAC